CGAGACAGGGCUGUUGCCGCCGCCAUUGCUGUAACCCCCCCGCCCCGGAGAAUCCACCGCCAUCCGCCACCAUGGUGAACUUCACAGUAGACCAGAUACGGGCCAUCAUGGACAAAAAGGCCAACAUCAGAAACAUGUCUGUGAUUGCCCACGUUGAUCACGGCAAAUCAACCUUGACUGAUUCUCUGGUAUGCAAAGCUGGUAUCAUUGCCUCUGCCCGCGCGGGGGAGACCCGUUUCACCGACACAAGGAAGGAUGAGCAGGAACGGUGCAUCACCAUCAAAUCAACAGCUAUUUCCCUAUUUUAUGAGCUCUCUGAAAAUGACUUGGCCUUCAUCAAGCAGAGCAAGGAUGGUUCUGGUUUCUUGAUCAACCUGAUUGACUCUCCUGGGCAUGUGGACUUCUCCUCAGAGGUCACUGCUGCUCUUCGUGUCACUGAUGGUGCCCUGGUUGUUGUAGACUGUGUCUCUGGCGUGUGUGUGCAGACAGAGACUGUGCUGCGUCAGGCCAUUGCAGAGAGGAUCAAGCCUGUCCUGAUGAUGAACAAGAUGGACCGAGCGCUGCUGGAGCUGCAGCUGGAGCCAGAAGAGCUGUACCAGACCUUCCAGCGCAUCGUGGAAAACGUGAACGUCAUUAUCUCCACAUACGGAGAAGGAGAAAGUGGCCCCAUGGGAAAUAUCAUGAUUGAUCCGGUGCUUGGUACUGUCGGCUUUGGUUCUGGCCUGCAUGGCUGGGCUUUCACUCUGAAACAGUUUGCUGAAAUGUAUGUUGCAAAGUUCGCUGCCAAGGGUGAUGCCCAGCUGAAUGCAUCUGAGCGUGCCAAGAAAGUAGAAGACAUGAUGAAGAAGCUGUGGGGAGACAGAUACUUUGAUCCUGCUACUGGCAAGUUCAGCAAAUCUGCUACCAGCCCUGAUGGAAAGAAACUGCCCAGGACCUUCUGCCAGCUCAUCCUUGAUCCCAUCUUCAAGGUUUUCGAUGCAAUCAUGAACUUCAAGAAAGAGGAGGCGGCUAAACUGAUUGAGAAACUGGACAUCAAGCUUGACAGCGAAGAUAAGGACAAGGAGGGCAAACCCCUGCUGAAGGCCGUGAUGAGGCGGUGGCUGCCUGCCGGAGAUGCCCUGCUGCAGAUGAUCACCAUUCACCUGCCUUCUCCUGUCACAGCCCAGAAGUACCGCUGUGAGCUGCUCUACGAGGGACCCCCUGAUGAUGAGGCUGCCAUAGGUAUUAAGAACUGUGACCCCAAAGGCCCCCUGAUGAUGUACAUCUCUAAAAUGGUGCCAACCUCUGAAGGACGUUUCUACGCUUUUGGACGUGUCUUCUCUGGUCUCGUCUCAACUGGCUUGAAAGUCAGAAUCAUGGGACCAAACUACACACCUGGCAAGAAGGAGGAUCUGUACCUGAAGCCAAUUCAAAGGACCAUUCUCAUGAUGGGCCGCUACGUUGAACCCAUUGAGGAUGUGCCUUGUGGAAAUAUUGUUGGUCUGGUUGGUGUUGACCAGUUCCUUGUGAAGACUGGAACCAUCACCACCUUCGAGCACGCUCACAACAUGAGAGUCAUGAAGUUCAGCGUCAGCCCUGUCGUGCGUGUGGCUGUCGAAGCCAAGAACCCAGCUGACCUGCCCAAGCUGGUGGAGGGACUGAAGCGUCUUGCCAAGUCUGACCCUAUGGUGCAGUGCAUCAUUGAGGAGUCUGGGGAGCACAUCAUCGCUGGUGCAGGGGAGCUGCACUUGGAGAUCUGCCUGAAGGAUCUGGAAGAGGACCACGCGUGCAUUCCUAUUAAGAAAUCAGAUCCUGUUGUGUCCUACCGUGAGACGGUCAGCGAGGAAUCCAACGUGAUGUGCCUUUCCAAGUCCCCCAACAAACACAACAGGCUGUACAUGAAGGCCCGGCCCUUCCCGGAUGGCUUGGCCGAAGACAUCGACAAGGGUGAGGUCUCUGCUCGUCAGGAGCUGAAGCAACGAGCUCGUUACCUGGCUGAGAAGUACGAGUGGGAUGUGACCGAAGCCAGGAAAAUCUGGUGCUUUGGUCCCGACGGCACCGGUCCCAACAUCCUGACGGACAUCACCAAGGGAGUGCAGUACCUGAACGAGAUCAAGGACAGCGUGGUGGCCGGCUUCCAGUGGGCGACGAAGGAGGGGGUCCUGUGCGAGGAGAACAUGCGUGCCGUGCGUUUUGAUGUGCAUGAUGUCACCCUGCAUGCCGAUGCCAUCCACCGCGGAGGCGGGCAGAUCAUUCCCACUGCCAGGAGAUGCCUGUACGCCUGCGUGCUCACCGCUCAGCCCAGGCUCAUGGAGCCCAUCUACCUUGUGGAGAUCCAGUGCCCGGAGCAGGUGGUCGGUGGCAUCUACGGUGUGCUGAACAGGAAGCGUGGCCACGUUUUUGAGGAGACCCAGGUGGCUGGCACCCCCAUGUUCGUGGUCAAGGCCUACCUGCCUGUCAACGAGUCCUUUGGUUUUACAGCGGAUUUGAGAUCUAACACGGGGGGCCAAGCUUUUCCCCAGUGCGUUUUCGACCACUGGCAGAUCCUGCCCGGGGAUCCCUUCGACAGCGCCAGCCGUCCUUGCCAGGUGGUGGCCGAGACCCGCAAACGCAAAGGGCUGAAGGAAGGCAUCCCCGCCCUCGACAACUUCCUCGACAAACUCUAAUUAAACUCGUCGGACUCUGGGAGGAGGGGGGUGGGUGGGAAAUUAAUUAACAUUAACGCCCGUGCAAAGGGGUAGACGCCGGUGACCACCACCAUCUCUUUGCAUCGUUAAUUAAUUGGUUUCAUAGCGAUUUGAGACUUUAAAUGAGGAGACAAAAAAAAAAAAAAGGAAAAAAAAAAAGCCUUAUAGGUUUCUGUGUUGCACAUGACUCAUCUUUGCCAUUGUAACUAAAACAUUUCCACUAGA